AUAAUAGUUCUCUUGUUACCGUGAAUUGAAUUUGAAUUUCGUAGCCGUGCUACAAGUAUUAGAAGAAUCAGCUUAUCGUUUAACGUUUAAUAGCACUGCACACUGUGUAACAUCUUCACGUCACUUUGCACAACACUGUCACGAAUACGACGUGUAAAGAGAAAGACCCUCUUAGUGUGAUAUUGGGGCUUGGAAAAAAUUAUAUUGUAUUAUCGCGCAGUUAAUAGAAGGUAACAGCCAGCACUUGCAGUCGAGUGCAACGUGUUUUACCGAAGCAUAUUAUAUAUAACUACACUAUAGAAAAGGUGUAGUUUAGCAGAGUUGGAAAAAAGCCGAGCCCCGCACACUGCUAACUAAUAAAUUGUGCAAAAUGAGUGGGGAUGUGGCUGCUGAAAAUACAUUACACGUGCAAAAUGGCGGCAGCUGCGAAGUGCAAUCGAAUGGUGUAACUACAAAUGGGCAUCACCAUCACCACCAUCAUCAUAGCAGCAGCAGUAGUAAACACAAGUCCUCUAGCAAGGAUAAGCACCGUGAUAAGGAACGUAGUGAGCAUAAGAGCUCUAGUUCUAGCUCAUCCAAGGAACACAAAAGCAGUAGUCGCGAUAAGGAUAAGGACAGACAUAAGAGCAGCAGCAGCUCAUCUAGCGGCAAGGAUAAGCACCGGGAUAAGGAUCGUGAUGGCAGCAAUUCGCAUCGUAGCUCAUCCUCGUCAUCAUCCAGUCAUCGGGAUAAAGACGGCAAGCACAAGUCAUCCUCGUCCUCAUCGUCGUCGGGCCAUCACCAUCACAAAAGUAGCAGCAGUGGUAGCAGUCACUCCUCAUCCAAAGAUAAAGAGCGUCGCGACAAAGAUCGCGGCAGCAGCAGCAGUUCCUCCAGUCGGGACAAACACAAGUCCUCCUCAUCAUCAUCGAGCUCGCGCCACAAGAGCUCGUCCUCAUCUUCGUCAUCAUCGAAAAGCAAACAUUCCAGUUCGAGUUCGAGGCACCACAGCUCAUCAUCAUCGUCGAAAGAUCCCUCCUAUGAUGGCGUAUUCGUCAAACCGGAACCUGUCACACAGAACAGCACAAACGAGCACGCAGAUGCACUGCAGCUGCAACAAUUGCACCUACAGCAACAAAUGCAACUGCAACAACAUCAGCAACACCAACAGCAGCUGCUGAUGCAGGCUCAAUGCAAUGGCUAUAAGAAUGGUUACGAGGUGGACGUGAAAAAGGAGGAGGACAGCUUUAAUCACUCACAGGCCAGUUCCUGUGAUUAUUCGCUAUCGCAGUUUAGAGCCGAUGAGCCCUCAUUUGUGGUGAAGCACGAAUCAACCUACAAUGAGGACGAUAGCGCCUUAAACGAUGAUGAUGACUACGAUGACAAUGACAACGACAACGAAAAUGAGAAUGAUGAGGAUGACGAGGAUAUUCCGUUGGCCAUGCGUAAGCGUAAACAAGAGCCGGUCGAUGAUAUGGAUAUGGAACCUGAUGAUGAUGAUGACAUUCCGCUGCUGGCGCGUAAAAAGGUCAAAAAGGAGUCGAGAGAAAAGAAGAACAAAAAGAAGCGCAUCAAAGAGGAGAACGAUGAUGACUGCGGCAAGCCCAAAAAGAAAAAGGUUAAAAAGGAGUCAGACAUUAAAUCGGAGACUUUGUCGCCAACAAAGCGUUCACGCAAAGACAAAAAGGACGAGGAGGAGGAAGUCUGGCGAUGGUGGGAAGAGGAGAAGCGUGAUGAUGGCGUCAAAUGGUCAUCAUUGGAGCAUAAAGGACCUGUUUUUGCGCCGCCCUACGAGCGUGUGCCGCGCAAUGUGCGCUUUUACUAUGAUGGCAAGCCCCUGGAACUGAGCGAAGUGACAGAGGAGGCGGCCACAUUCUAUGCGAAAAUGUUGAAUCAUGACUACUGCACCAAGGAUGUGUUCAAUAAUAAUUUCUUUAAGGACUUCCGUAAAUCGAUGACAGAUAAGGAGAAGGACAUCAUCAAAGACUUCCGCAAAUGCAAUUUCAAGGAGAUGUUCGACUAUUUCCAGGCCGAGUCUGAGAAACGCAAAGCGGCCACCAAAGAGGAGAAGCUUGCCAGGAAGAAUGAGAACGAGGCGUUAAUGAAGGAAUAUGGCUUCUGCAUGAUCGAUGGCCACAAGGAAAAGAUUGGCAACUUCCGUUUGGAGCCGCCGGGUCUGUUUCGUGGUCGCGGUGAACAUCCAAAGAUGGGCAUGAUCAAGCGACGCAUUGCCGCCUCCGAUGUGUCCAUCAACUGCGGCAAAAGCUCACACGUGCCAAAGCCGCCACCGGGCCAAACUUGGAAGGAGGUGCGUCACGACAGCACCGUCACUUGGCUAGCCUCUUGGAUUGAGAAUGUGCAAGGCCAAGUGAAAUACAUUAUGCUGAAUCCCUCAUCCAAGCUUAAGGGCGAAAAGGAUCACAUUAAAUACGAGACAGCGCGUCGCCUGGACAAGGUCAUUGACAAAAUACGCGCCACAUAUCGAGAUGAAUGGAAGUCCAAGGAGAUGCGUGUACGUCAGCGUGCAGUGGCGCUCUAUUUUAUUGAUAAGCUGGCGCUGAGAGCGGGUAACGAGAAGGACGAGGAUCAGGCGGACACUGUCGGCUGUUGUUCGCUUCGUGUGGAGCAUGUGUCGCUGCACAAGGAGCUCAAUGGCAAGGAGAAUGUGGUUGUAUUUGAUUUUCCAGGUAAGGAUUCCAUACGCUACUACAACGAGGUUGAGGUGGAGAAGCGUGUCUUCAAGAACCUCGAGCUGUUUAUGGAGAACAAAAGGGAUGGCGAUGAUCUCUUCGACCGUCUCAAUACCCAAGUGCUUAACGAGCAUCUGAAGGAGCUAAUGGAUGGACUCACGGCAAAAGUAUUUCGUACAUAUAACGCAUCGAAAACGUUGCAAAAUCAAUUGGAUUUGCUAACGGAUCCAAAUGCAUCAGUGCCCGAAAAACUAUUAACGUAUAAUCGCGCAAAUCGUGCGGUGGCCAUUCUAUGUAACCAUCAGCGCUCAGUGCCCAAGGGCCAUCAGAAGUCGAUGGAGAAUCUGAAGGAGAAGAUUCGCUCAAAGCGUGAUGCCAUCGAUGAUUGCGAGGCCGAAUAUCAUGAUGCGAAGAAGGCGGCCAAGCGUGGCUCUGUCAAGGAGAAGGUAAUUGCCGAUAAGAAGGGCAAGCAACUGGAACGUUUGAAGGACCAGCUGAAGAAAUUGGAACUACAAGAGACUGAUAGAGACGAGAAUAAGACCAUUGCCCUGGGCACAUCCAAAUUGAAUUAUCUCGAUCCACGCAUUUCGGUGGCAUGGUGUAAAAAGAAUGGUGUGCCGAUUGAGAAGAUUUUCAAUAAGACACAAAGAACCAAAUUUCUUUGGGCCAUACACAUGGCAGAUGAAAAUUAUCGUUUUUAGAUACAGAUACACAACAAAAACAGAGAA